UCCCCUCCCCAACAACAACCCCCCAUCAUAACCGUCUCCCUCUCCUCCCUCCAAUCCAACUCCAUCCCCCUCUCCACCCUCGAAGCCGCCUUCGGGCCCUCCUCCCUCGGCAUCCUCCUCGUCAAAGAUCUCCCCCCCACCUUCCCGGCCCUCCGCUCCAAACUCCUCAGCUACGCCUCCUACCUCGCCGCCCUGCCCGCCUCCACCCUCUCCACGGUCGAAGUCCCCUCCGCACGCUACAACGUCGGCUGGUCGCACGGCAAAGAAAUCCUCGCGAAUGGGGCAUACGAUGUCCAUAAAGGAUCGUAUUAUGUUCAACCUGUUCACGAUGAGGGGCUGGAGGCGAAAGGGAGGGAGCUGUAUCCUGAAUUGAGGGAUAUGACGAGUGGGAAUGUGUGGUUGGAGGAGGAUGUGUUGCCGGGGUUUCGCGGGGUGAUGGAGGAGAUGUGUGGGACGGUGAUUGAAGUCGCGGCGCUGGUGGCGAGAUGUUGUGAUUUUUAUGGGGAGAUGAGGGUGGAGGGGUAUAGGAAAGGGGUGUUGGAGGGGAUUGUGAGGGGGAGUGUGGCUACCAAGGCGAGGUUGUUGCAUUAUUUCCCUCCUCCUCCUUCGCCAUCUACUACUACUACUCCCGCGGCGGAGGAUGUCCCGGAAAAAGCCGACGACGACUGGUGCGGCACCCACACCGACCUCGGCGCCCUAACCGGUCUAACCUCCAACAUGUUCAUCGACGAGUCCCUCCACCCCCCCUCCCCCCUCCCCCCCACCUCUCCCUCCGGCUGCCUCCCCCCUCUCCCCGAACUGCCCUCCCACCCGGACCCGAACGCGGGACUGUGGAUCAAAGACCGCGCGGGGCGGGUGACGCAGGUGCAUAUCCCGAGAGAUUGUUUGGCGUUUCAGACGGGGGAGGCACUGCAGGUUAUUACGAAGGGGGAAUUUCGGGCGGUGCCGCAUUUUGUGAGAGGCGGGAAGGUGGAGGGGAGGGUGGCGAGGAAUACGUUGGCGGUUUUUACGCAGCCGAAUUUGUGGGAGGUGCUGGAGGAGGAGGAGGAGGGGAGUGGGAAAGGGAGGACGUUUGCGGAUUUGGCGGGGGAGGUUUUUGGGAGGACG